AUGUUUUCACUUGCGGCAUGCCAGAAAAAAUCUAUUAUCUCGAAGCUCAAAUGCCUUCUAACCUACCAGAAUUUCAAUCAUACUAUUGUGGGAGAUGGACUGAUGGCUGAACAUUUUGCUGACAUGGGUCGUGGAGGGAUCAAAUUUUCAAAAUGGAGGAAGCUGGAUUCGAGAGAGUUGGGGAUACACCAAUCAAUGAUAUCACAUUCCGCAUGGACUGUUAUCAAAAUUCUUCAAAAUGCAGGUUUUGAAGCCUACUUGGUUGGAGGCUGUGUUAGAGAUCUUGUACUGAAUAGAAUACCCAAAGAUUUUGAUGUGAUCACAACGGCUGCACUUUCUCAGAUAAAGAAGCAGUUCCACAAUUGCAUAAUUAUCGGAAAAAGAUUUCCUAUUUGUCACGUGAAGAUAAAAGGAUGUACGGUAGAGGUGUCGAGUUUUGACACAGUGACUGAACUUCAUGAAGGUAGAGAGGAUUUUCCAGUAUAUCGGCUGCCUAAAGGCUGUAAUGAAAAAGACCUUAUUCGUUGGAAGAAUUGCAUGCAUCGAGACUUCACGGUUAACAGCUUGUUCUAUGAUCCUUUCACCCACAAAAUCUAUGAUUAUGUCAACGCUCUUUCAGAUCUAAUGUCAUCAAAGCUGCGGACUUUAAUACCAGCUCAAGUGUCAUUUGAAGAAGACUCUGCAAGGAUAUUACGUGGCUUGAGACUGGCAGCUCGUCUUAAUUUGACUUUUUCUGAGGAAACUGAAACUGCAAUACAUGAGCAAUCUCCAUCUAUUCUUAGUUUACCAAAGUCUAGGAUAAUGAUGGAGCUUGACUACAUGCUAUCAUAUGGAGCUGCUGCCCCUUCUCUAUCUAUACUUCAUAGAUUCCGCCUGCUUGAAAUUCUGCUGCCGAUUCAGGCAGGGUACCUUAUUGAACAGUCUCGGGAAAACUCUGAUCAAAGUACCCUUAUGCUGAUGAAGUUAUUUUCCAGUUUGGAUCAGUUGUGUAGCUGUGAUCGGCCUGCUCAUCAUAUCUUGUGGGCUGCAAUUUUAGCAUUUCACCUGGGAUUAGUUAAUGAUCCUGAGCAGGCCCUUGUUGUCUUGACCUUUGGCUCAGUUCUUUAUCAUGGGAAGUGGAUUCGAGGUGUUGAGUUCGCAAGAGAACAUGUUCAAGAAGUACAUCACUACGUGCCUGAAAUUUCAAAUUCUUCUGACGCUAUUUCAGAUGACGAACUUGCUGAAAGAGUUACUGAGUUGGCUGUGCAAGUGCAGAAUUCUAUAAGUAUUUUUACUGAAACAACGAGCCUUCUUGAAGAAAUGGAGAAGUACCCAGAACUUGAAAAACAUGGUUUUGUUUUUAUGCCCAAGUUCACUGCUGUGGUAGCUGGUAUUUUUAAAGUGUUUGUGACAGAGUUGACAGCUUUAGAUACAAAUAGGAGGAGUUUAGAGAUAGACUAUGUUGGACUUAAGAAAGGCAACCUCCGGGAAUUAAGGUUUGUGCUUGGCACGAUCAUUCUACAUACACUGGGUAUGAGAACUGUUACUCAAGGUGGUAAUCAAUUGCUUGGAGACAACAAACUUGAUAUUUAUGCACUUGGUGGCCGGAAAAGAUCGCAUGAAUUUGUGGAAACUCGCCAUGAUGUAGAUGAGGUAAAGGUUGAUUUAUUGAAUAACAAGUUGCGUAAAGCAUAUCGUCGGAAAGAGUCAAUGAUUGAUAAGAAGCAGGUUUUCAGUCGGAAGAGUAGUAAUUAUAUUGAUCGAGGAAAGCAUAAGAAUCACAAGGCCGCUGCCGACUCAUGCGUUGGGAAUGAACCGGAAAAGAAGGAAAAUGCGAUGAAGGAUGGUGCACGUUUAGAGGUGACUAGGAACCAUAAGGAAGUGAUAAGUGAAGGAAUUGGUUGUGUACUACAGAGUUAUACCAACAAAAUGCAGAUAUCAUCCGAUGGCCUCAAAGAACCUCGCAACGAGAUACAACCACUUCUGGAAACUUUGAAAUUCCAAAGAGUAGAGCAGAAGUCAGUUAAUGAUAAAGAGGGGAAAGAUGGUGCUGAGAAACGCUUGAAGCUCAUCGAGCAAGUGAAUAAUGGCAUUUCAAAGAAGCUGCAAAGAUCUGCUAAAGCGAAAUCUUGCUUGCAACGGAAGCCUGAUUCUGCAAAAGCUGUAAAAGACCAUAUCAAAGGUGAUGCUAAACCUGAAAACCUAAAAAGCGGGCUUGCCAGACUUUCGAGUAUGUUCAGGUGA